AUGUGGAAUCAAGUUUUAAUUAGUAUAUUUACCGCUUUUAUUUCAGCUACUUCUUGUCAAAACGCUGAAUCACAAGAUGACGGCAUAACAACAUUACCGCAUGCAUCAGAAGGCACUUCUCUAUUCGUGGGGCAAAAUUUCCUUCCUGUUCAGACUAUUGCCCCUCGGGAGCGGGGCUUCCCUUUCCCUGCAAUUAAACCGGCUCGAGAAUUGAGCUCGCACAAUUUUCAGCAAAUUCAUCGAAUCCCAUUGCCUUCUCGUACACCAUUCGCAACUUCAAGCCUUGACAGUCUUGGCAUGGAGAACUCAACUCAUGAUUCUACUGAACUUUCGACUAUCUCAAUUCCCCAACAUUUUCAUAAUUCGACAAGAAUUCGGUCAGAAAAGUUUGAUUCAGCAGAUGUUUCUGUAUCUGAAACAAUGCUAAUUAUCAACGAGUCAGAUAACGCAAUGAAAAGCAUUGAAAAUUUAACAAAUAUAACCACAAAUCCAUCAAGGGAUAUUGAUGGAACCGAAGAAGACAAAUUGAUUGCAGAGGCAGUAGAAAUAGAUCCUUUUGCGGUUGAAUCAAGCAGUCAAUCGACUUCGACCGAUCAAUUUAGAAUCUUCAGAAACGAUUCUGAAUCAAGAAUAGACCAGUGGAUUAAUUUGCCUGCUAACAACACCUUUGUAGAUACUUUAAACACCACAGCAGAAAGAGUGACUCUUGAGGAAGACUCCUCUGCUAUCCAGCAGAGCACAAUCCCGGUUUUCGAACUGAAAUCGGAAUCGGAACAGCAACCUGAGCUUGUUACAUUAAUAAAUGACAGUUCUGUCAUUACUUCAGGAACAAUGUCAGUACAACAUAAAAUGAUAUCAACUGAUGAGGAUUCGUCCGGAAAAGAAUUGGAAAAGAACACUUCGAAAAUCUUAAUAGAAGAUGCGGAAGGUUCGUUAUUAAAAAACAGUCAAACCAAAAACGAUCAGAAACGGUUUUCUUUCACUUUUCAUAAAAAAUGGCAUCAACCUUAA